UCAUUAUCAAUUAUAAUGUACAUUAAAAUUUUAUUUUUAAAGAAAAUCAUGUUUCCAAGUCAAUGGGUUUGGGCUUUACUAGUAGUUUUUGCUUCUAGUCAAAAACUCGAUGUAAAUAUCUGUCCAGAGCAAUGUAUCUGUCCAAAGAAACGUAUUGGCGAAAAAUUUAACAAAAUCAAAUGUGGAGGAUUAGAUAAACCUAUUAUGUAUAUCAAUGAACUAAAAUUUGAUCAAUUAGUAAAUAAUAUGACUGUAACAUUUCUAGAUUUGUCAGAAAAUGUUAUAUCAGCUCUACCAACAAAUGCCAUUCCUGUUUCAUCUCUUCAAAAACUUGAUCUUACUAAAAAUCUAAUAUCAAUAGUUCAAGUUGGAGCAUUUCGCGGUAUUCCAAAUCUUAAAUUUUUAAUUUUAACUGACAACAAACUAAAAAAUAUAUCUCAUGAAAUGUUUGAAGGAUUGUUGUACUUGGAACAACUAAAAUUAAAUAAAAACUUUAUCAUGCAAAUACCAGGCAAUACAUUUACAUCUUUAAUUCACCUGACUCGAAUAGAUAUAUCAGAUAAUCUUUUAGUUUGCGAUUGUGAAAUAACUGGCUUUCUUGAUUGGAUUAAUAAAAGAACUUUAAAGCUAGGUCCUAAAUCUGAGUGUUAUGAACCUCCUAGCUUAAAAAAUAUUCCAAUAAAAAAUGUACGGUCUGAUAUGUUAAACUGUCUACGUCCAAAAUCAAACACUUCUCCUGCAAUUGAAAUAAUACCAAAUGCUAAUCUAGUUUUAUUUGAAGGUGAUUCUAUUGAUAUCCUAUGUCGAGCUAUUGGUCCUGAUGUUUUAGAAGGGGUUGUUCUCUCGUGGAAUAUUGCUGUAUUAAAUUCAGAUAAUUUUAUAAGUAUUAAAGAUAGUGAUUUCAUAAAUACAGGCCUUAUUCAAAGUAAUAUUACAAUUUCAAAACUUAAUUCUAAUCAUACUGGCAAAUAUGAUUGUACACUGAAUACUACUAGUGGACCCCGUGUUCAGACAAUUUUCUUAACUAUCAUUUCUAACAAAACUAAAUUUUGUCCAGUUGAAGAAAGUAGAGACAACAAAGGAACAUAUGUUUGGACUCGUACCAUUUCAGAUGUAACAACUACUAAACAAUGUCAAGCAAAUGAUGAAGUAGAACCAUUAGCUAGAGGUACUGUUAGUAGACAUUGCAACAAAAAUGGCAAGUGGGAAAUAAUAAAUGCUUCGGAUUGUCCAUUUAUAAGCCCAAUUACUCGAAUAUUUUAUACUCAAUCAAAAACAAAUAUAACACAUAAAGACAGCUCAGAAACAGCUAGACAGCUGUUUAACUACACAAGAGAUCAUUUUAAUGAGAUAAAAGAUCCUCUUGAUGUAAGCUAUAUUGCUGAUAUAGUAGAUGAUUAUCUUGAAGUUAUGCAUGAAGAAAAAUCGCUGACAUCAGUUGUUAUAGAUUUGAUAAGUUUGAUGGCUGAGUUACCUAAAGAAUUAUUAUUAUUAAGUCAAAAGAAUGAUAAGUCAACUUCUAGACUUGUAAAUGCCUUAGAAACUGCAUUAGAAUUUUCAAACGUCCUAAAUUCUCGAUGGACUUCUGCAAUAGCUAUGGAUGAGUUCAUUAUUUCAAAAGAAAACUUCAAUGGGUUAACUUGUGUGUGGGGAAGAGAUGUUGAUUCUCCUAUUACAAUAAAUUCUUUAAUGUGCUAUGUUUACAACAAUCACACUCUUCCUCAAAAUAAAAUCAUUGAUGCUUUAAUAGAGAUUCCAGAGUCAUUAUUUUCAACUGAAAAUAAAAGUGAUAUGCAAAAUCAAGACCUAAAAUUGGUCUUCACAGUUUUUGAAGAUGGUAAAAUGUUUCCAGAACCAUUGAUGGUUGCAAAUGACAAUAUGUCUUUAAUUCCUAUUGAAAUCAAAUCUUGUGUAUUGGUAUCUAAAUUGAUUGGAAUGGAUAUGGAAAUAAUACCUGAACCCUUAAUUAUUGCCUUAAGGCAACCUGAAAAUUAUGAUCAGUAUAUUAGUAUAAGACCUAGUCCGUCAUGGUGGAAUCCAUUAUCAGGAUUCUGGGAUAUUUAUUCAAAUUCAAGUUGUCAAUUAGAAGAUAUUAGAGGACAAAUGCUUAUUUAUAGGUGCAAUAGAUUUGGUUACUUUGCAUUAACAAUGGGUCAGACGUUAUUACGUAAUGUUAUAUAUCCCACCAAUAAUACUAUAAAAAGGGAAAGAUUAUUCACACAUGUUUCUGUUUAUAUCGGGACAUUUAUGAGUUGUACAUUUUUAUUAUACUCUGUGGCGCUUUAUGUAAUAUUAAAUAAUAAUAUACAAAUGGCUAAAAAGUUGAAACACUCUUUACCUAACACGUGGUUUGCAAUGUCAAUGUUUUAUUUAAUUUACUGUAAUGGAAUUUAUCGAACAGAAAAUACAAGAUCAUGCCAAAUAAUUGGUCUAUUAAUACAAUUUUUUAGUCUAGCUCCUAUGUUCUGGAUGACUGUAACUAUUAAGGUUCUAUAUAAAAGAGUUCGUAAACCAUUCCUGCCAGCCAGUACUCCAUCAGAUGAUGGUGGUGGCAUGAAUAUUCCUCAUGAAGAUGUUGUAGUAAAAAAACCUUUACUUGGUAUAUAUAUGGUUGGUUGGGGUAUACCAAUUUUAUUGUGUGGAAUGUCUAGUGCUGUUAACUUAUCAGGCUAUGGAGGUCACGAAGGAAAUUACUGUUUUUUAAGACCUGGACCUGCUUUUGGUUUCAUUGUUGUAAUUGCUUUGAUUGUGAUUAGUUGUAUUUUUAUACUUAGCUUACUAGUGUCAUGUGCUGCUAAUGACUUAAAUUCAAAUGUUCAGCUUUCUGAAGGCACUCAAGCUACUGAUUUAGAGUUAUUAGAUCAAACUAACAGUAUGGUUGAGCACAAUAGCUGCCGUAGUCUUACUACACCAUCAAGCAAAGUGGAAGAUCCAGAACAAUCUCCAGUUGUUCAACUAAGAUUUUUCAAUGGUACUCUAUUGGGGUAUUUAUUGAAUAUUACCAUGGCUUAUUGUAAUAUAGUAGUAAUGUAUAAUCCAACUAUCCAAUUAUGGUUAGGUAUUUGGUAUGCUUGUUUUAAUAUUCUUCAAAGUUUUUUAAUCAUGUGGUUUUAUGUUUUUGUGCGAAUUGAUGUUCAAAAUGCUUUUGCUGAAUUGAAAGAUCAUCGUUGGGGGAGAAAAAAAGUUGUUGAUUCUGUUAGGGUCCCAUCAAUUAGAACUGAUAGUUUUCAGUCUGUAAGACCUAAAUCUAAUAGUGAAGUAGUAUCACUACAGUCUUUCAGAUCACCACAAUUACAACUUGUAAUGAUGCGACAUCAGUUAAAUGCAGAACGUCAAAUUGAUUAUUACAAUCCACAUCAAAUAACUGUAGCAAAAAAAUUUUUCAAAAAACAAAGGAGAAAACAAAAUAAUUUGUCGUGCCGUCCUCCUCUCACUUCACCUGAAUUUACAGAUAAUGGUUAUUAUUGCAAAAAUGGUAAAUCUAAUAAUCUUCAUUUAGAUGUCAAACAAAAUAGUGGAUUAUUUUCUGACAGCAUUAUUACAGAUCAUGAGUAUGUAGAAGUAGAUGGGCAAUCACAAUAUCAUCACAAGUACACUCAACAUAGAGAAUAUUCAACUGAAGAGUUUGUUACUAGUCAAAUGAGUGGAGCAAGUUGCGAAGGGAUCUCAGAUAGUGUAACUGAUUGUGGACGUAAUAUUAGUGAAAAAGAAACAUGUAGUAGCCCACAUGUUAUAGUAUCAGAUUGUUCUAGUGCAAAUCCAUUGAAUCAUACCUAUGAAACAAUUACACCAAUUAAAGAAAGAAAAAUUGAUUUAAACAAAAGAAAAAAAGAUAAUAGAAAAUUUCAAAAAUCAGGAUAUAUGCUUACUAAAAAAAAUAAAUCAGAUAGUGAUGAAAACAUUGAAACUUGUGUUUAGUUUAGUAUAUUAUACUAAUAAUUAUAUUUACUUAAUAAUUAUUAAGUUAUAUAUAAUUAUAUUUAUAUCAGAAAUUUAUUUGAAUUUUAUCAUAACUUAACUUUUAAUUGCUAUAAAAGUUAAAUUAACUUAAUAUAACUUAAGUAGUGACCUUUUAUAUUGUAAAUAUUAAGUAUUUAAAAAAAUAUUAAAUAAUUUUAUGCCUUUAAUGCUUAGUAGAAUCCAAUUUGCUAAUCAUAAAUGAAAUUGUAUCUAACAAUUGUACCUAUAUGAUAGAUUACUUACUUUUUACAAAUGAACAGUUGCAAGAAUAAAAAUAACAUAUUGUAUUUUUUUCAAACUACUUAAUGCUUAAAACUUUUGGAUUACCUCAUUGAUUGUUGUAAAAUUUAUAUUAUUUAAAAGAAUAGUUAACUAUAUAAAUAUUUUAUUCAAAUUUUAUGUUUUUAAUUUUUUUUAGUUGUAACAAAUACUUUUGUAAAUAUAUCAGUAGUUCAUUAAAUUUUAACUAUCUAUAUUUUUUAAUAUUAUUAUGCCUAGUUUAAACAGGUAAUCCAGCUGUGCUACUGCCAUUUCAAAUAAUUUUUAA